ACGCGCCUUGUGCGCAUGCGCGGUGUGGUUUGCAGUUCCUUCGACCUCUACCGCUGCACCACCCGGUGAAAGGAGCUGCUGCUGCUGCCGCCGGCAAGCAAGAAGGCCCCGGGACCCGCCACGCCGCCUCCGCUUCCUCCCCCACCGACAGCAGCCAUCAUGUUCGCCUGUGUCAAGCUCGCCGCCGGCUCUCCCGCCUUGAUGCGUAUGGGAUCAAGAGUUCUUUACAGACCAAUUUCUGCAACAGUGUUGUCUAGGCCAGAAGUCAGGACUGGAGAGGGCAGCGCACUUUUCCUUACUGGGACUCAAAACACUGGCAGUCAACUAGCACUAAGGGAAUUUCAAACAAGUGCUAUCAGCAGGGACAUUGACACUGCUGCCAAGUUUAUUGGUGCUGGUGCUGCCACAGUAGGAGUGGCUGGUUCUGGUGCUGGUAUUGGAACAGUCUUCGGGAGUCUAAUCAUUGGUUAUGCAAGAAAUCCAUCCCUGAAGCAGCAGUUGUUCUCCUAUGCUAUUCUGGGAUUUGCCCUGUCUGAAGCCAUGGGUCUCUUCUGUCUGAUGGUUGCUUUCUUGAUCCUGUUUGCCAUGUGAAGAGACCUUUUCAUACUUUUGGCUUUAAUGAACUACAAUGUGAUUCUGUGAACCUGAGGUCGGGAAAAUGUUAUCAUGGAAAUGUAUGCUACUUCCAAAGCAGAUUAAUUAAAGAUGGUAAUAAGUUUAAA